AUGAGGAGAAGCUGCAUUACUGCCAUACACUCGACCGAAUUCUUUCCAGCACGUAGAGCUCGCGACCAGUGUAUAAUCGAAAAUGGUGAAGAGAACUGCGGUGAAUUGAUUGAGGCUCACAAGAAGUGCAUGCGAGAUGCUGGCUUCGAUGUAUGA